UUAGCCACAUUGUUUUCAUUCAAGAAGAUGGCGCCGACGCCGCCGAAAAAGCAACCGGUGUCGAUAUUUCCGGAGCCUUCUGUCGAGCCCAUUCAAGCUACAGCCAUCGUAAUUAUUCACCCAGGGUCCAUGUUCUUGAGGAUAGGACGGGCGUCCGACUCCUACCCUCAUACGAUACCACAUGUCAUUGCUAGGCCAUGCCUCUCAGAAACCUCAGCACCCCAUGUUGACCCCAUUCUUGUUCCCGAGGUUGACAUGGAACCAGAAGUGGUGGCCACUAUUGAAGAAGGAUGCGAAGUUGUCGGGAACCUUUUAGCAUCCUGCUUGACCUCAGAAGGAAGGAUACGAUACACUUUCCCCACUGACAAGAUUCAUCACUUCAAUCAGCACGUUAAACCAACAGUCAUCGAAGAAAAGUGUGACCUCAACUGGACAAACACCGAUCGGGCUCAGGAGUUUUUCAUUGGGGAAGAGGUGCUGUACUUAAACCCUGAGCAGAGGUUUCAUGUACACUGGCCCAUCAGGAGGGGCCGAUUAAACGUGCACUCAGGCGUUGGAGGUUCCCUGGUGUCUGUGCUGGCCCACCUGGAGGCCAUCUGGGGCAUGGCCAUCCAACAGUACCUAGAGAUUCCACUGAAAGACCUCAAGCACUACAGGGCGGUGCUGGUCAUACCUGAUGUGCACGCCAGAGACCAUGUUCGAGAGCUGGUGCAACUCCUACUCUGCAAGCUGGGCUUUGGGGGCUGUUUUGUUGCCCUGGAGUCUGUCUGUGCAACAUUUGGUGCUGGGCUGUGCUAUGCUUGCGUUGUGGAUGUGGGGGACCAAAAGACCAGUGUUUCCUGCGUUGAAGACGGCAUAUCUUCACGAACAAGCAGGCUGACCAUGGAAUACGGUGGAGCUGAUAUAACGCACUUGUUCCACUACCUGCUGCGAAAGUCAGGCUUUCCAUACAAGGAGUGCGACCCUACAAAAGUGACGGAUGCCAUGCUCCUGCAGGAACUCAAGGAGAACAUGUGCCAUGUCAAUCUGGACAUAUGUGGAGCACAGGAGCGGUCUUUUCAAGUGAAGCAACCUGGCAAGCCUCUCUUUGAGUACAAAAUCAAGGUUGGUGACGAAUGUCUGGUAGCCCCACUAGCCCUGUUUCGGCCAGACAUGCUGGGUGUCACAGGUCCUAAACAAUCCAGGGGACACCCGAGAAAUCCAGGUGAUCCCCACGACCCUCUAGAUGAGCACUUCCUUCUACAGACACAGAGGCGAGCUGCUCGUGAUGUUGCAGAGGGUUCCCAAGCCUCAGAUGCUACCUCUCAGCUGGACGACAGCCAGCUUGGUCAGGGAGCUCUAGACGAAGACGAAGUGGUACCACCUGAAGCGGUCACCCUCGCAGCUGCUCCCAGAGACAGCGAGAGAGAGCUGCCCUGUGACCAAUUACUGGGCAUAGACCAGGCCAUUGUGCAGUGUGUCGAUCGGUGUGACGGGGAGGAGCUGAAGCGCAAAAUGUUCAGCUGCGUGCUCGUGGUUGGAGGUGGCUGCAUGUUCCCCGGCAUCCACACGUGGCUCCAGAAUCGUCUCUCUGUCCAGAUCCCCAUCAUGUACCGACCUGAGCAGAUGGAGAUCAUCACCAGGCCAAGAGACACAGACCCUAGGAUCACAACGUGGAAAGGUGCAUCCAUCAUGAGUUGUCUAGACUCGGCUCAGGAGCUUUGGAUUCGGCAGGCUGAGUGGCAGCGGUACGGUGUUCGCCUGCUUCGAGAGAGGGCGCCCUUUAACUGGUAGCACCACCAUCUCCAUGGCCGUGGAUGUGAUGAAGAGCAGGUCAUCUUCACAAGGAAAGCUGUGCCACUCUUCGAAUCAGUACACUGCCAGUGUAUAGAAGCAUACCACUACACUAUCAACACUGUUCAAUGUUACUUGAUAUCACUCUCAUGCUUAAUGCGCCAAUCACUGUUGAACAGCUCAAAGAAGCAUUCGUUCAGUCAUUAUGGUAUGCAGGAACUUGAAUAGUGGGACGUGAAAAGGCACCUAGACACUUCAUAAUUCUUCAUGAGAACUGCAUUCAUGUCGUGCUUCUCUACGCGUACAUUUUAUAUGAUGAGUGAUGAGUGUAAUGUAAGUUUGCUGUAAUAUUUAUGAACUGUGUGUUAAUUAUCAGCUUGCUCACUUUGCAAUGAUUUCUUCUUUUCACUCUACAUCACUGCGACCUUCAUCUUUGCGACUGGUGCUGACAAAUGUACAGAGAGAAUCAUUAAAGAAGUCUU